UUGUGUUUGUGUCUUUUUUUUUUUAGCGCGAUUACGUUAGUUCCGUACUGAAUCACUGGGAGCGCUGAAACUCAACACGAAAUUUAUUAUUGGAUCUUAUGGACGCUUCCACUCUAUUGUCAUCUGUCUUUGCAUAUCACAAUACUUUAAAUUAGCGUUUGCACAUAUCUAAAUGUUUCAUAAUAUUGUAUAAUUUGCAAAGAUGCCAGUUGCACAAAAUGAAGUCAAGUCUAGCUGGGCUGAUGAAGUUGAAGAAGAAGGAGGAGCAUUACCUCCGCCUUCAGAGGUCUAUGAGAAUGGUUUUAAAAUUUUCACCGAAUACAAGUAUGAUCAAGAUGAUAAAAAAGUCAAGGCUGUCCGUAUAUAUAAGAUAGAACGACGUAUAGUGUCGAAAACGAUUGCGGCGCGUAAGAAUUGGGCAAAAUUCGGUGAUUCUGCUGAUGACAGACCAGGACCUGAUCCAGCUACCACUGUCGGUGGUGAGGAUGUCUUUAUGCAAUUUAUAUCCAGUAAAGAGGAAGAGAACAAAGUGGAGGAAGAUUCGCUGGACAAAUUAAAAAGCAUGGGCGAUAAGGGAGUCGUCAAGUGCCGUAAUUGUAAUGGUGAACAUUGGACAUCUAAGUGUCCAUAUAAAGAUACUGUUCUUGCUGGUGGAAAAGUACCAGACGACAAGAAACCUCUCGUUAACACUGGAGUACCCAAUGCAGUGACUGAACUUAAACCACAGGGUGGCAAAUACGUGCCACCCGGUAUGCGCGACGGCGGCAACAAACGCGGCGACUCGAUGCAGAUGCAGAGACGUGACGACACAACUGCCAUACGUAUUUCCAAUCUCUCGCAAAGUACUACUGAUGCAGAUUUGGAUGAGCUUGUGAAACCAUUCGGUUCCGUAGUGAAACAGUUUCUCGCCAAAGAGAAGCUUUCCAAUCUCUGCAAGGGUUUUGCAUAUGUACAUUUCAAGCAUAGAGCUGAUGCAGCGAGAGCAAUUGCCACUCUGGAUGGUUAUGGUUACGAUCAUUUAAUCCUGAAUGUGGAAUGGUCGAAGCCACAAGCUCAGAAUAAUUGAAGUGAUGCAAAGUGUACGACAAUUGCGGAUAGAAAAAUGAAAUUAGUUAAAC